GACCAGUUUACGGACUUGCAGACAGGGAGAUUAUUGUCAUGCUUCUGCCUGAGACUGUGGUGUGUCGCUAUAUCUGUGACCCUGGUCAGAGAAACAACUACUACGUUUGGCAUACUUUUGCUAUCAAGGAAAACAGGACAGUGGUGAACAAAAUGAGUCAAGCCAAGGUCGGCAACGCAUGGUUCCUGCGAUCUGAUUGGUCAACUGCAUCCCAAGAGGCAGGGCCCCAUACUAUG